AUGUCGGGAGGAAUCAAGAAGAAGUCCACGUUGAGAAACAAGUCGGCCAAGAGGUCCAACUUGUCCAACAAGAUCUCGGAGUUCAGACAAGAAACCGGAGGAGAGGAGUUCCACGAGAACCCAUUGUUGAAGUUGUCGAAGAUCACCAAGAAGGAGAAGCAGCAGAACAAGUCAGCCAGCUUUGCGCUGAGCGUGCUCAACAAGACGACCUUCAAUACCUCCAACAACAUAAGCAAGUCGUCGCUCAGGAGGCGCAAGAGGAAGGAGAAGGAGCAGUUAAAGCCGAACAUGCAAGAGUUACUCACCAGUUUGCCGGGUGCAAAGGAUGGAGACGAUCUCUUCUCCAGCAACACCACCACCAUCAAGAGCGCCAAGAGCUCCGAGGGCUUUGUCAAGUCCUCGAAGUUGAACAAGAACUUGCCCAAUGCCACCAAGAAGUCGGGGCACCAGCAGAUCUUGCGGGAAGAGCACAAGAAUUUCAGCAAUGUGUUGAAGAACCCCGCGUUCAGACAGUCGCCAUUCGAUGCUUUGAAGAGUGCCAUCCAGCAGAACAUGCAGAAGUAG